UCUGCCACUUCUGCAUUCCUUAAACCCCAAGAAACAUCUUCAAUAUUCUUUCUUUCUUUCUUUGAUCAUGGAGAUUGAAGACUCUACAAUGCACAACGGAGAAGUUGACAAGCAGUUUCUUGCUGCUCCGGUGAAGUCUCCGGUCGAUAAGUUUCAGCUAAUUCCGGAGGUUUGGAAGGCCAGGGGUUUGCAUCUGGAGUCUUUCAAUUAUUUUGUUACAACUGACAUAAAGAAGAUUGUUCGUGCAAACAGCCUCGUGACAUCGGAAUAUAAUCCUGAAAUCUACCUCAGAUAUAAGGAUGUUCGGAUUGGAAGGCCUUCUGAAAUUAUUGAUGGCGUGACCGAGCCAUUAACUCCUUAUAAGUGUCGGCAAAGUGACAAGACGUAUGCCGCUCCAAUAUUUGUGGACAUCGAGUAUCGCAAUGCUGAUUCUUCUUACAUGGAGAAUCGCAAGGCUGGUUCUUCUUUCAUCGAGAAUCGCAAGGCUGGUUUUUCUUUAAACAAGUCAAAUGUUAUUAUAGGAAGAAUGCCUAUUAUGUUAAAGAGCCAAUCUUGUGUCCUUCAUGGAAAGGAUGAAGAUGAACUCGCAAAAUUUGGUGAAUGCCCCCUUGACCCGGGUGGUUAUUUUGUUGUGAAAGGAAACGAAAAGGUGAUUUUAAUUCAAGAACAACUUUCGAAGAACAGGAUAAUUAUCGACAAGGAUAAUAAGGGUUGCAUCCAGGCAUCGGUCAUGAGCAGCUGCAACAUAACAAAGAAAAUAAGUAAAACAAUUAUAAAAAUGGAGAAAGGGAAAAUUUAUUUAGUGCUGAAUUCAUUUUCCACCAAGGUUCCUAUUAUGUUGGUCUUGAAAGCUAUGGGCAUGCAAUCUGAUCAGGAAGUUGUGCAGAUGCUUGGUAGAGAUCCUCAAUACGCUAAUCUUCUUUUGCCGUCUAUUGAGGAAAGCGAUCAGACGUUACAGAAAGUAAAAAACGAUGGUGCAAGUAAUGGCGUCUCUUAUCAACAACAAGCUUUGGAUUAUCUUCAACAAAAGCGUAAAUACAAGUCUGCUAAGGAUGAUGGAGCUCUGGGUGUUCUUCGAGAUACUUUUCUUCUUAAUGUUCCGGUGCGGGAAAACAAUUUUCAUUUAAAGUGUGUAUAUGUUGUGGUGAUGUUGAGACGAAUGAUGGAUGCAAUUUUAAAUGAGGAUGCAAUGGAUGAUAAAGAUUAUGUAGGCAAUAAACGACUGGAGCUUUCAGGGCAACUAAUAUCUAUACUAUUUGAGGACCUAUUCAAGUCAUUGAAUGAGAAUAUAAGAAAACAAGUCGAUGGCGACCUGAAGAACGGCAAGAGAGUUGACAUAUCGAUGAUUUUGGCGGGUGGUUGCAAACAACUUAUUACUACAGGCUUGGAGCGUAGCCUCUCGACUGGAAACUGGGAUGUUCGUCGAUUUAAGAUGCAUAGGAAAGGCAUUACACAGAUUGUUUCAAGACUAUCUUUCAUUAAUGCAUUUGGUUCCAUGACAAAAAUUCAACCACAAUUUGAAAAGUCAAGGAAAGUUAGUGGACCCAGGGCCUUACAACCUAGCCAGUGGGGAAUGCUUUGCCCCUGUGAUACUCCUGAAGGUGAAGCUUGUGGUUUGGUGAAAAACCUCGCUCUGAUGACGCAUGUUACAACCGAUGAAGAGACCGGACCCAUUAUUUCCUUGUGUUACUGCUUGGGGGUUGACUUAUCUUUGCUUUCUGGAGAAGAACUACACUCACCACGUUCGUUUCUCAUUAUGUUAAAUGGGCUUAUCCUCGGCAAACAUACGAAGCCACAGUGGUUUGCUGAUUCAAUGAGAAAGCUGCGAAGGGCGGGUAAACUAAGUGAUUUUGUAAGCAUCUAUGUCAAUGAGAAACACCGUUGUGUUUAUAUAGCUUCCGAUGGUGGUCGUGUUUGUCGGCCACUUGUAAUUGCUGACAAUGGUGUAUCAAGAAUUAAGCAUCAGCAUAUGAAAGAGUUAAAGGAUGGAGCUCGCAAUUUUAACGGCUUUCUACGAGAAGGACUUAUAGAGUAUCUUGAUGUCAAUGAAGAGAACAAUUCUUUGAUUGCUUUAUAUGAAGGAGAGACUACUCGUGAGACGACUCAUAUUGAAAUAGAACCUUUCACAAUCUUAAGUGCGUGUGCGGGGCUGAUUCCUUAUCCUCACCAUAACCAGUCCCCGAGAAAUACCUAUCAGUGUGCUAUGGGAAAACAAGCAAUGGGUAACAUUGCAUAUAACCAGCUAUCUCGGUUGGAUUCAUUGAUCUACCUUUUGGUUUAUCCUCAACGGCCACUACUGACAACGAGAACAAUCGAGCUGAUUGGGUAUGAUAAGCUUGGAGCGGGUCAAAAUGCAACCGUUGCGGUUAUGAGUUACAGUGGUUAUGACAUUGAGGAUGCCAUUGUCAUGAAUAAAGCAUCUUUGGAUCGUGGUUUUGGUCGUUGUAUUGUACUCAAAAGGAUGUUAGAACAGUAUAAGUCGUAUAAGAAUACGAGUGUACGUGAGCGGAUUUGUGCACCUCGCAGAUCCCAACGUGAUUCAGACAAGAUGCAGAUUUUGGAUAAUGAUGGAAUUGCUUCUCCUGGUGAAAUUCUAAGACCACAAGACAUUUAUCUCCAGAAAGAGUGUCCUGUAGAUCCGAAUACUACGUCACAUCCGUCACAAAUUCAAUAUAGAACAAGGAACGAAAGCUACAAAGGUGCAGGUGGGGAGCCGGUUGUUGUGGAUAGAGUGGCUUUAUGCUCUGAUAACGACCGGAACUUAACAGUGAAAUUCAUGAUUCGCCAUACUCGUAGGCCAGAGGUUGGUGACAAGUUUAGUAGCAGGCAUGGUCAAAAAGGUGUUUGUGGAACCAUUGUUCAACAAGAAGAUUUGCCUUUCUCUGAGCGCGGUGUAUGCCCGGAUUUAAUUAUGAAUCCUCAUGGGUUUCCAAGUCGAAUGACGGUUGGAAAGAUGCUAGAGCUUCUUGGGAGUAAGGCUGCAGUUUCAUGUGGCAAGUUCCAUUACGGCAGUGCCUUUGGGGAACCAAGUGGUCAUGCACAUAAAGUCGAAGACAUAAGCGAAACCCUUGUAAAGCAUGGAUUUUGCUACGACGGGAAGGACUUCCUAUAUUCAGGUACCACUGGUACGCCGCUACAAGCAUAUAUAUUCAUGGGGCCGAUAUACUACCAGAAGCUAAAGCACAUGGUCUUUGAUAAGAUGCAUGCUCGAGGCAUCGGCCCCAAAACACAAUUGACUAGACAACCCACAGAAGGAAGAGCCAAAAACGGAGGUCUACGAGUGGGAGAAAUGGAACGCGAUUGUUUGAUUGCUUACGGAGCAAGUAAUCUGGCUUAUGAGCGCUUGAUGCUCUCUAGCGAUCCUUUUAAUGCUCAGGUUUGUAGAAAGUGUGGGUUGCUAGGAUACAUAAAUUAUCAAACAAAAACUAAGAUCUGUUCGACAUGCAAGACCGGGGAUAAUAUAUCUGACAUGAAACUACCAUAUGCCUGCAAGCUUUUAUUCCAGGAACUCCAGUCGAUGAAUAUAGUUCCACGUUUACAGUUGAAUGAUUCGUGACACGUUCGUAAUGUCAUCUCAGGUUAAUGGGGAUGAAGGGUUCAUAGUUAACAGGUUGUUGGCAGGGAAGAGAGGAUGGUGUAUUUAUUCAUUACAUAAAUAGCUUAUUAACCCUUAUUAUUAUCAUUUCUUUUUAUCUAUAGUACCUUAUGAAUGAACUCUCCAGGACAAAAAGUAGUUUUACCACGAUUUUAAGACA